CACGCUUUAAUAUCUGAUACGGGGAAAUCUGCCGGCACCUGCAAACGUGCCUGAGGAUUAGGGGCGGCCACGCCACAAUCAUCCGCGGAUCCUGCCUCAGAUUAAGGGACCCCAGCCAUGGAGGAGGCCCAGGGAUCCAGUGUCACUAAGCUGGGAAAUGCAGUUGAUGCUGAGACCUUCUACAUCCCUCCUGAGGUGAAGUGACCCCAUGCAGCACCCGUCGCCUGCCCCCCAGCCUCACCCCCCCCCAUGCCACCCUCCUGCAGGGCUGGCACCAGUCAAUGUUUAACAGGAGCCGUGGUACCGGUUGUGUGGGGCAGACAGAGCUGGCUGCUGGUGGAUCCCACCGGGGCCAAGCAGGCACUGCUGCCGCCCUGAGCGAGGGGUGCUGAGGGAGAAUGGAGGCAGAGGAGGAGCGGGGCUGGGGGCCCCAAGCAGGAACACGGCCCAAAAUGCUCCCACGGAGCCAACUGCAACUGAGCCCCGGUGAGGAUCAGGAGGGCAGAGAAACACGCCUGAGAGUGGUGCUGAGGGUCCGACCACUAACCUGCACAGAGAUGCGUCGGGGUGACCGGCACGCGGUGCACAGCCUGGGCAACGGCACCGUCCAUGUGAGUGCAGCCAGGCACGAUGCCACCUUCACCUUCAGUGCCGUUUUUGAUGCGGGUGCCUCACAGGAGGCCGUCUUUGAGGGCAGCGGCAUGCAGCAGCUGGUGGAGCUGGCAGUGGAAGGCUUCUCCUGCACUGUUUUCGCCUACGGACAGACAGGCUCGGGGAAGACCUACACCCUGAUGGGCCCUCUGGGACAGAGUGAUGCCCCAGGGCUGCUGGGGCUGAUGCAGCGGUCCUUCUCCUGCCUCCUGGAGCAGAGCCGUGGCACCGGCCUGGCGCUCAGUGCCUCCUACCUGGAGAUCUACAAUGAGCAGGUCAGGGAUCUGCUGAGUGCAGGGCCGCCACGCUCCCUACCCCUGCGCUGGAGCAAAACUCGUGGUUUCUACGUAGAAAACCAGCUCAGCGUGGAGUUUGAGAGCCUGGAGGCUGUCAUCGAGCUGCUCCUGCAAGGUUCCCAAAGGCGACGGACCUCUGCGCACGCCCUCAAUGGGCACUCGAGCCGCAGCCACGCCAUCCUGACCAUCCACAUCCACAGCCGAGCACCUGGCACCAGCAAGCAGGGCACGCUGUGCUUUGUGGAUCUGGCCGGCAGUGAGAGAGUGAAGGACACCGGCUCCAGCGGGGAGCUCUCCGUGGAGGCCAACAACAUCAACCGCAGCCUCCUGGCCCUGGGACACUGCAUCUCCCUGCUGGCCAAGCCCCGAGGAAAGCGGAUGCACAUCCCCUACCGGGACAGCAAGCUCACCCGGCUGCUGGCCCGCUCACUGGGCGGCUCAGGGGUCACACUGAUGGUCGCCUGCAUCUCCCCAUCCUCGCGCUGCCUCUCAGAGACGCUGAGCACGCUGCACUACGCCAGCAGAGCCCGCAGGGUCACCACCAGACCCACGGCCAACAGGAUGCCUCGGGAGAAGCUGCUGCAAACCUUAGAGGAGGAGAUUCGGGCACUGCAGCUGGAGAACCUCUCCCUGCGGCAGCAGCUCAGCCUGCCCAGGAGCAGGGAGGUGCCAGGGCCUGGUUGGGUGGGCAGGUACAGCCUUGGGGAGCUGCACUGCCCCCCCCUUGAAGGGCAGCUCCCAACGGAGGGAGCUCCAGCCUGGCCCAGCCUCUAUGGCCUGCUGCGGGACUUUGUGGUGGAAAAUGAGCAGCUCAGGCAGCCCCAGCUGCUCCCAGGCCCCAGCAGUGGUGACAUGCCAACAAUCCCAUCCCACAGCCAGGCCCCACACCAGAGCAUCCACAUCCCACUCAGCCACCCCUCAUGGCCCCGGCACCCCAACAUGAUGCCCACCUCUGCACAUCGGCUGCCGAAGCUGCCUCCUGCCUCCAGCUGCCCCCAGUGCUGCACCAAUGCCACUGUGUCCCAGGGAAGCGCCAGCCUCCCGCUGCCUGCCCAGGAUGAUGGCACCAUGCCCAGCUGUUGGCCGCAGAAGGGAAAGCGGAGCCAGGGCAGGAGCUGGAGCUCACUGCGGCAGCACGCAGUGCCACGGGAUAGCCAGGAGGCAGCGGGCACUGAGGGAAGGGUCGUCCCUUCAGCCCCACCGUGGCCAGGACCACCAGAGCCCAGAGCUGCCGGAGCCAUCCCUGUGCUGCAGUGGGAAGAGGCCUUGGAGUGGCUGGAGGAGCUAAUCUGAGCGCUGCACUCACACCGUGAUAGGGACACUUGGGGGACAAUGGCGUGC